AGAAGCCUUGGCGGCCUGCAGCGGAAGCUCACGUGGCCUUGGUUUCUUUUGCGAACGACGCGACGGAGAACGGCGAGCGAAAGGGGGUUCCGGGCGGGCGCCCAGCAAGCCAGCCUGCAGCUAUGGCGAUCCUGUUUGCUGUUGUGGCCAGGGGCUCUACCAUUCUAGCCAAGCAUGCAUGGUGUGGAGGGAAUUUCCUGGAGGUUACAGAGCAGAUCCUGGCCAAGAUACCUUCCGAGAACAACAAGCUCACCUACUCGCAUGGAAAUUAUCUGUUCCACUAUAUCUGUCAGGACCGGAUUAUAUACCUCUGCAUCACAGAUGAUAAUUUUGAGCGUUCCAGAGCUUUCACAUUCCUGAAUGAAAUCAAGAAGAGGUUUCAGACCACCUAUGGUUCUCGAGCACAGACCGCCCUGCCAUACGCCAUGAACAGCGAGUUUUCCAGUGUUUUGGCAGCACAACUGAAAUAUCACUCCGAGAACAAAGGCCCGGACCAGAUGGCAGAGACACAGGCUCAGGUGGAUGAACUUAAAGGGAUCAUGGUCCGCAAUAUAGAUCUUGUGGCUCAAAGAGGAGAAAAGCUGGAAUUGCUGAUAGACAAAACAGAAAACCUUGUGGAUUCGUCUGUCACUUUCAAAACAACUAGCAGGAACCUGGCCCGAGCAAUGUGCAUGAAGAACCUAAAGCUCACCAUCAUAAUUGCCAUAGUAUCAAUUGUCAUCAUUUAUAUCAUCGUGUCAGCUGCCUGCGGGGGCCUCUCUUGGCCAAGCUGUGUACAGAAAUAGCUGUCUGAGCCAGUCAACCACAUGAAAGCACAGAUGCACAGGAAUGUAUUUCAUCACAUGUGGACUUUCACUCUCUUCAUCCUUCCAGGACACUUGAGUCUUUUUGCCUUAUCACCUUGUAAGGACAUGGGUGUACUCCUUCAAAACCUGAAGGAUGUUUUCUCUGAAAUGGCAGAACUUCCUGAAGGGAAAGGAAGGCAUUGAACAAUGGGAGGUUCUAAAUAUCUGCAUUAUCAUGCUUUGCACUUUACUGUCCUUGAGUGCUGCUGGAGCAGGUUGGGGGAGCUGAAGGCCCCAUGUACCUUAGGGGAUAUGUGAGUGGGGACCACUGAAGCCAAUGAGUUCUUAUUCAUAGACCUAGCCCAGAUAUGUGAUCAGCUCUUACUAAAAUUGCUUUUCCUGCAGUGCCUUUCUUAAGCUCAUGACAGGCUGUAGCUUUGUCCUUCGAAGCUUCCUUUGUGGCCCUCUUGUUGGGCAAAUGAAGGGGUUCUGCUUUUCAACUUGGGUGACUGGUAAGUAUAUAGUAUUAAUAUUGCUGUAACAUUGCUACUAUUUGUAAUUUUUGUGUCUUGGAUUAUUUUCUUCUUGCCUAGUUUGGAAUGUUCUUUCAAACUGUGCUAUGGAACUCAGCUGUGGCUUCAUCUCCUGAGAUGUGUCUAAAAGCUGUUCCAGUGAGUCCAAGUAUCACACGCUGUGUGAGUCUGGUGACUGCCCUCUUCCUUUUGAGCAUGGUGGAGUUAUUGUGCCUAACUCAAAAGCACAGAGGCAGGCAUCUGAAAGGUAAUCGGGAUCCCAAGCUAAUGAUUUUCAAGGAAAAGGCUAUGGAGAAGCAUGAAGUAUUGAAAACUAACCUUUAAUAUAAAAUUGCCGUAAACCACUUGUGAAAAACGUCCCCCCCCCCCGCAUAAUGUAAAGGGCUUCUGGAGGACAUAUAUUAACAUCUUAAAUAGGAAGAUUCUUCAUUCUCCCCCAGUGUUGGUAUUUUAUGACCUCAUCCUAGUUUUCAGCUGGACAGAGGUAGACUCUGCUUGCUCUCCUCAGCAUCCUGCAGAGGUUAGGCCUGCUGCAGCUUCCCUUGUUUGCCAUGGUCAGAAAGGCUCUUUUCCUCCCUUUCUCCACCAAAUAUCUUUGCAGGGACAAGCCAACAUUGAAUUAAUUGUGCAUGUUUUAAAAAAUGUUAAUAGCAAUUGUUAAUUUUCUAUCAUUUUGAAUGCCUUUCUGUAAACUGCUUCCUCCUGUUUUAAUAAAAUGCACUGAUGCAUUAUUGUAAAAUAAAGUUAGAUCUGUUUAAAUAAAUGUACUGAACUACAGA